AUGGAGAGCGACAGUGCAUUCGUGGCUCCUGAGGGCGUUUACUCUGUCACUGAGGAACAUAAACCUCUUCCAGUUCCCGUUCACUCUUCUACAGCAGCACAACCCAUCUACCAAACUCGCCUUUCAUCCAUCACAGUCCGCUUUCCACCAAAGCACUCAGUUUCCCCAGGCCUCGCCCAGUUUCUUGGUGCAAAUCUAACAAAGGAUCUUAAAAAAGACAAGGAAAAAGAGCGGGAGAAAGAGAAAGAGGCCGUCGUAAAGGAGCGCCCCUUGCUGGAGGAGCGGAGCAUGUCAUCCAGCAGCACCCCAGAAGACAGCUUUUCAUCUCCAGAUGUAGUAGCUACCCCAGAUCUCUCAGCAGAACCCCAGCAGUACAAGCUCUUCUCCCACCCUUCCGUCUCAGUAGGUAAAAAGAAAUUGAACAUAUCGCGACCAAAACACAACAUGCGCACCACAUCGUCCACAUUCAUCACACGUCUUCAAAGCACUGAAGGUCUCAGCAAGACACUCGCAGCGAAACAAGGCGAUGUCACAUUCUUGUUCUAUAAUACUGGAAAGGCCUUUUUGUGGAUUGAGGUGGGGUCAAAAAUCAAGGACCCACUAACAAGGAUUAGCUUCUCUGCAUACCCAACUUGUCACGACGUAAACCCCUCCACCGCAUCCUCAGAACGACUAGACGUUAUCAUAGGAUUCAGCACAGGCGACCUCGUAUGGUUUGACCCAAUAUCAAGUCGCUACUGCCGCCUCAACAAACAGGGCACUAUUUCCUCCUCCUUAUGCACAGCCGUCCGUUGGGUUCCCUCCUCUCCAACCCUCUUUCUCGUCUCCCACGCAGACGGAACCAUAAUCGUUUACGACAAAGAACGCGAAGACGGCAUAUUCACUGCCACCAUUCCAAAUGGACUCACAAAUACCCCGCAUAUAACCAUCAACGCACAUCAUGCAUCUCCUGUAAGUGAUGAAUGGGACCCCCUAUCAACGAUAUUUGUCACACCUCCGCCAUGGCAUCCAGAAGCAAUCGGGAGGGGAGAGAAGGGCGUGGUCGUGAAGAACCCUGUAAGCCAUUGGCGUCUAUGUCGCCGUAGUGUCGUCGACUUCGUAUUCUCUCCUGAUAAUAAAUAUGUAGCUGCCAUUUCAGACGAUGGGUGUCUGAGGGUGAUCGAUCCACUUGCAGAGCAGCUGGUGGACUGCUAUGCAUCCUAUUUUGGUUCAAUGACAUGUGUUGCAUGGUCUCCUGACGGGCGUUUCAUCCUCACCGGCGGCCAGGACGACCUGCUCACCAUUUUCUCCCCCUGGGAACAACGAGUCGUCGCACGAUGUCAAGGACACUCCUCAUUCGUCUCAGCCGUUGCUUUCGACGAGCUCCGCUGCGAUGGACGGACAUACCGCUUUGGUAGCGUAGGAGAGGAUAACAAGCUCAUUCUCUGGGACUUUUCCUCUGGUGCUCUUCAUCGCCCCAAACUCCUCGGAGCACACCAUCCGCGCCCAUCAAUGUCAUCUAGUAUCUCGCUCGCUCACCGACGCGGAACGGGGUCGACCAUUCAACUAUCUGCACCACGGUAUCAUCCUGCGCCUUCGAGGAAUGAAGUGUCGACUGUACAACCUGUAUUGGUAAAACAACUCGACGCCGAUCUCCUCACAUCCCUCGCCUUCCUCCCCCGCGCGCUCAUAACAGCAUCAAAAGCAGGCCACGUCCGAGUAUGGGUACGGCCACUGGUCAUGGCUCAUGCUAAUAGCCCUAGGAGAAGGCAUACGCGUGGGACGUUGUCUGUAACAGAUUUUCGGGGGGUAGUUCAUUGA